CCGGACCGGGGCCGCCGUCACCGCCCGCGCGGCCCCGGCGAAGUUUGGCCGCUCUCCGGCGCCGUAGCGGCCGCUCCGGGCGGGAAGUGCGAAGAGGCCGCGGCGGGGCUCAGAAUGUGGCCUGAAUGAGUGAGGGGCAUGCAGAAGGCUCUGUCAGCACCUGAGGCCAGCUGGGUGUGCAGCAGACACUCAGUCUCCUGAGCUGCCCCUGAAUUUCCAUGUUUAACUAGCAGGAUGCCUGAGAGCCAGGGGAAGGACAGUGAGAGCUACAGCAGCAGCAGCAGCAGCUCCAACACUGGGGACCCAGUGGCUUCCUUUGGACAGUACCAAUACACAGCCAGCGAGCACCGAGCCAUUCAGCACGCGCUGCGGCAGAGGCUGGGCCCAGACUACAUCAGCAGCCGGCAGGCAGGAGGAGGCCAAAAGGUCUGUUACAUUGAGGGUCACAAGGUCAUCAGUCUGGCCAAUGAAAUGUUUGGCUUCAAUGGCUGGGCUCACUCAGUCACUCAGCAGAAUGUUGACUUUGUUGACCUCAACAAUGGCAGGUUCUACGUGGGUGUCUGUGCUUUUGUGAAAGUUCAGCUUAAGGAUGGGUCAUACCAUGAGGAUGUGGGCUAUGGCGUCAGUGAAGGCCUGAAGUCUAAAGCCUUAUCCUUAGAAAAGGCAAGAAAGGAGGCAGUAACAGAUGGACUGAAGAGAGCUCUCAAGUGCUUUGGCAAUGCUCUUGGGAACUGCAUCCUGGACAAGGACUACCUGCGCGCCGUGAGCAAGCUUCCCCGGCAGGUACCCCCUGAGUUAGACUUGGUCAAAGCUAAAAUGCAGGACUAUGAGCCUGAAAUAGAGCAAGCAAGAUACAGCAGCUACAUGGAAAGGCAGAGUGCAGCAGGGAGACAGCACUGUGAGGUGACACCUGGCUGUAAGCCUGGCCAGACAGAGGCUGCUGUGACAGCAGGCCAGAAACAGCCCAAUGCUCCCAGAAGCACAGACUCCCUGGCCAUGGAGUGUGAUGCCACCUACCAGAGGAAGCUGCGCCAGAAGCGGCUGCAGCAGCAGUUCCGGGAGCAGAUGCAGAAGAAGCAGCAGGUCCCAGGAGUCACUCCCAGCAGCAAACAGGCAAAAUCCGAUGCUCCUGCGAAGCACAGCACUCCAGCAGAAGUGCAACAGGAGCUGGCCAUAGAAGAGGAGUUCUUUGCAGAUGAUCCUGAACUUUGGGACAUUUCCUUGGAGAGCACUGACCUGAAGGUAACAGGUGCCAAGACAUCAGAGCCCUGCCCAGCUGCACAGCAGGCGCCCGAGACGCCCCGUGGCCAUCGGCCGAUGAGCGCGCGCUGCAGGACACCCCACAGGGGCUCCCAGCUCAGAGCUGCUGCCAGGCUGGCUCAGCUGCAGCCCCCUGCUGCAGCCCCCAGCACCAGCUGUGCCCACCAGCACACCCCAGGGUGCAGCCCCCUCAGGAGAAGUCAGAGCUUGAAGAAAAGGAGACUGGAACCUACGUGAGGCACCCAGUGGGAUCUGUGCCUCUCUCAUGGAUUACAUCACAAGGCUGCAGCUGGCUUUCCAAAUUGUGUCACAUGGACUCUGCUGUACAUUAUAGUGAAGCAACAGAGAAGAACUUCAUGUACUCUCAGGUUAUUAUGUAUUUCAGAUGCCUUUUCCUAUAACCACGCUGUGCUUCUGCAGCGCGAGACUUGUGGCCAUAUUACAAGUGGGUGUUACCUGUAAAUUGCCUUAAGCAGGAACAGAAUGGAUUGUUAAAAAUGAGAUGCAGCUUGUCUCUCCCUCAGUGCUGCAUUCCAGCACAGAGACAGAGAUUUUCAUACAAGGGGCAGCAGGGGGGUUGUGGCCAGGGGACAGAAGCUGUGGCUGCACACCCGGCCAGGGGUGACACUGGCACGUCUGAGGUGCAGCACCUCCAGCUGUGCCUGUUUGGAACACGAAUGGGAGCUGCACUGCUGUUUUUAAAUAUGCUUUCAA